AUGAGAAAUUCUCAACGUUUAUUAUCGUUCAAUGUAUUCAUUUACUUUCUAUUAUGUAUUAUUCUUUUACCAAAAUAUAUUCAAUGUUAUAUGACAACAAUAAUAACUCAUGAAUAUUAUUCACCAGAGUCAAAUUUUACAAAUAAAACUGACGAAACACAAACAAAUGGUUUUGUAUCAACUAAAGGUAGUCAAUCAAUAGUUCGUAAUGCUAAAGCAUUUAUUUUAACUGAUAUAAAUGGCACUUUUGAUGGAUGUAAACAACCAAUUAAUCCAAUGAAUAUUUCAAAUGGUAUUGCUAUUAUUCAACGUGGUGGUAAUUGUACAUUUAGUGUUAAAAUAACACAUGCUAAACAAUAUGGAGCAUCAGCUGUUAUUAUUUAUGAACCAUUCCAUUCUGGUAUGGAGCUAUAUAAUAUGUUACACAAUAAUUCUGAUAUAUUAUCUGUUUAUGUUCAACGAUCAAUUGGUUCUAGAUUAUUUAAUCUAGCUAAAGAUAUUCGUACACAAUUAAAUAUAACAUUACGCCCAAUAAAUAUUGAUAUUGAUAAUUCCCUCGACUGA